CUGUUUUAUUUCAAGUACUCUGCCUCACAUACUGUGCGGUAUAUACCCGGCGGGUAUAUAAGUGGAGGAGACGCUGCCUACCGUCACCAGUGUGUCUCAGACCGCAGACAUGACCAGUGUCCUCGUCCACGUCCUGCUGGGGGUCGUCAGCCUCACCCUCCUACACACAGUAGUGGAGGCUGAGAUGUGUGAAGUCAUCACCAUCAUUAAGGAGGCGGAAGGAACCUACGGCGGCAACUUCACCUCGGAGACAUUACUACCCAUAAAUGGCCUGGACGUGAUCAUCACCUUCGACAAGUCUCUGGAGGAAGUGACUUACGUGAACGGCGACGUGGAGAAGAUAGAUGACACACACUUCAGAAUCUUGAACUCAGAAUUCUACGAGACUGGCAGCUACGUGGAGUUCACAUUUGAGGUGACUUUCAGUGGCAGUGCGAGGCCCGAUGUUGUUGGUGUUGAGUUGAACGAACAAGAUGCCUGCGAUGGACAGCUACAGUGGACAACCGUCGCUCCCUACACCAACCCUUGUGAGGCCACAGGCAUGGGGAAGUACGACUACGCCCAGGCACUGUGUAUGGGCAUCUUGUUCUACGAGGCUCAGAGGUCCGGGAAAUUACCAGAGGACCAGCGCGUCCAACCCUGGAGGUGGGACUCUGCCAUGGACGACGGUGCUGAUGUGGGUCAUGACCUUGCUGGCGGCUACUACGACGCUGGUGACCACGUCAAGUUCGGCUUCCCGAUGGCUUUUACAGCCACCGCACUGGCCUGGGGACUCAUAGACUUUGCUGAAGGAUACGAGGCAGCUGGUCAGACGGACUACGGUCGUGCGGCCGUCAAGUGGGCCACUGACUACUUCCUCAAGGCCCACACCGCUGAGUACGAACUGUACGGCCAGGUCGGUCAGGGAGACCUUGAUCAUGCCUUCUGGGGCCGCCCUGAGGACAUGCACAUGCCUCGACCCUCCUGGAAGAUUGACAGGGAGGCUCCAGGAACUGAGUUGGCGUGUGAGACCGCCGCCGCCCUCGCUGCUGCCUCCCUCGUCUUCAAGAAGGCUAACCCCGACUACUCGGCUGAGAUGUUGGAGGUGGCCAAGGAGCUCUAUGCCUUCGGCGACGAGCACCGUCUGGAGUACCACAAGUCCAUCACUGACGCUGAACAUUAUUAUAAGUCGUGGAGCGGGUACGGAGACGAGCUGCUGUGGGGCGCACUGUGGCUGUACCGCGCCACAGGAGACGACACCUACCUCACCAAGGCUCAGGAGGCCUGGGAUGAGUUUAACCUGGCUUACGGUGGCAGCUAUGGAUGGGACGAUAAGAAGGCUGGCUGCUAUGCGCUGGGCAUGAUGCUGGACUCACAGAACACUAUGUAUGAGACAGCCUUUAAUUCCUUCCUGAAGUAUAACAAGAAGGACGCCCAGUACACACCGGGGGGCCUACUGUUCCUGGGUGACUGGGGGUCCCUUCGUAGCGCUGCCAACGUCGCCUUCCUCACUUACUGGGCGGCCAAGUACGGGGAACCAGCAGAGGCAGACGCCAACAGGGAGUGGGCUGAGGGCCAGAUUAAUUACAUGUUGGGCAGCUUCAGUCACUCCUUCGUCUUGGGUUUUGGUGUAGACCCUCCCUCACGCCCCCACCACCGCUCCAGCUCUUGUCCGAUCCCACCAGAGUCUUGUAUUAAGGACAACUGGGGAUACGCCCAUCCAGGACCAAACUUCCACACCUUAUACGGUGCUCUCGUCGGUGGUCCUGCAGAGGACGAUACUUAUACCGAUAUCCGUGGAGACUAUAUUCACAACGAGGUGGCCUGCGACUACAAUGCUGCUUUCGUAGGAGCUCUGGCGGCCGCAGUGGAGUACAAGUAGAAGGUCACCCGGGCAGCUUAUACGAGGAAAAGACGAAAUUGAAUACGAAAUAGAAAAAAAAAUGAUAAUUGUGUAAAAUUUAGUCAAUGGUGAAAUACAGAUGGGUGAAGGUUAAGACACACACACACACACACACACACACACACACACGAAGCUCCUCGGCGUCACCAUAGACAACAAACUUAAUUGGA